AUGAAUAACGGAACAUGUAUGAAAGGAUGUUAUAAAGGAUACUGGGGUGAUAAAUGUGACAAAAACUGUUAUGAAGGUUGCAACUCAGGCUCAUGUAACCAGUCAGACGGUUUCUGUGAAACAUGUAAUCGAAAGCAUUACGGAAACGCUUGUCAAAAUAAAUGUAGUGAAUUUUGUAUUGAUAACGAUGUCUCAUCUACAAUUUGCUAUAAAACGAACGGGACAUGUUUGCAUGGAUGUAAAGACGGGUACAGCGGAAGCGAUAUAUGUGAAGAUCAACAGACAGUCAGUAUGACGGUAUCAUCAACAACAGGGCAAACUUCUUCGACAACAGCAAAAACUGAAAUAACGGGGAUCACUGAGCAGCAACGUGAUAUAAUAGUAAUCGGGGCUGGAGCAAGUGGAGGACUGCUUGUCAUAAUUAUUUUAGUCGUUAUAGUGGUGUGCGUAGUUAGAAGACAAGGAAAGAAAGGCAAUGAUUCACAUGGCGGCGAUAAUAGCCAGGUCAACAGACAACACCCGUGGACCGAUUCAGACAACUUGUAUGCACAACCAAACAAAUCAAGAAAAGAACAAAGUGAAGAUUACAUUUACGCUCAGCCAAACAAACCAAAGAAGAGCAUACACCAUAAGAAGGAAGAAAUCAGUGUACCACAAAAGGCGUAUGACAAUGUUGUAAUUGAUCUUGAUACCGAAGGAGUUAGAAAUGAAGGCAGAGAUGGUUAUCAUAUUGCUGCAGAUGAAGCAGAUUCAGAGGAAACUGAUGUAGAUGCAGUUUUGCUGGAAAAUAUUGAUGAUGAGCCUAAAAGCAUCGUAGUAACAGAUGUGAACAUUCCUGAUUCGGAUACGUAUUACAAUAUGGCCGGCUUAAUGAGGAGUCGAGUUCUAAUCUCAAAACUAUUUGAGUACACGAAGAACAAAACGGAUUUUGAAAAUGAAUUUGAGAAAUUGCCAAAAGGUUUGACAAGAACUUGCAAUGAAGCACUGAAACCUUAUAACCUGAUCAAAAAUAGAUACAACGGCAUAUAUGCAUAUGAUGCCACACGUGUUGUUCUAUGCAGUAAGGAUUUUAUCAACGCGAAUUAUGUUGACGGUCAAGGUCAGUCACACAUCUCUUACGUUGCAUCUCUUGGGCAGAUAACCCCUGAACAAGCAUGA